AUGGCAUCCAGCAGGAAGCCGACGACGAAGCUUGCGGCGUUCAUGGCGACCCUGCCCCUCCUCGCGCUGCUCUUCUUGUCCGGCGCUCUCGAGGCUGUAGUAGGCGCGAGCAACGACACCUCAGCUGCCGGCGCGAGCUACACGUGCAGCUCUGGCAGCAUGUUCCUGGCGUCGCAGAGCGUGUUCAGCCUCGACCGCUACGGCGCCCGUGGCGACGGGAGGCACGACGACACGCGCGCGCUCGCCAGGGCGUGGAAGGCGGCGUGCGCCUCGCCGCGGCCGGCCGUCGUGCUCGUCCCCAACGGCAGGCGCUACCUGCUAAAGGUCGUCACCCUCCGUGGCCCGUGCAAGUCCACCGUCACGGUCACCGUGAAGGGCACGCUGGUGGCGUCGCCGAACAGAGCGGACUGGAGCGACAGGGAUAGGAGGCUCUGGAUCGUGUUCCGAAGCGUCAACAAGCUCACUCUCGACGGCGGUGGCACCAUCGACGGCAACGGACACAAGUGGUGGCCGCACUCGUGCAAGAUCAACAAGGCUCUGCCUUGCAAGGAGGCUCCAACAGCUUUGUCAUUCCACUACUGCACCAAUUUGAAGGUGGACAAUCUGAAAAUUGUGAAUAGCCAACAGAUCCACAUGUCGGUCGAGGACUGCGCCAAUGUGCAACUGGCGAAGUUAUCCAUCACAGCACCUGGCACGAGCCCUAACACUGACGGCAUUCACAUCACUCGGAGCAAAGAUGUGUGGGUCACAAAUUGCAAGAUUAAGACUGGGGAUGAUUGCAUAUCAAUUGAGGAUGGGACUCAUAAACUUCAUGUCUCCAAUGUUAUUUGUGGUCCUGGGCACGGGAUCAGCAUCGGAAGCUUAGGAGAUGACAACUCACGAGCCAAAGUCUCUGGUAUUACCAUAGAUUCAAUACAAUUACAUGGCACCACCAAUGGAGCACGCAUCAAGACAUACCAGGGAGGAAGUGGAUAUGCCAAAGACAUCACAUUCCAAAACAUGAUCAUGUACAAUGUCAAGAACCCGAUCAUCAUCGACCAGAACUACUGCGACAAGACUAGGCCAUGCAGGGAACAGAGGUCAGCAGUGCAGAUCAGCAAUGUUGUCUUCGAGAACAUCAGAGGGACAACUGUUACCAAGGACGCCAUCAAGAUGAGCUGCAGCAAGAAUGUCCCAUGUCAAGGCAUUACCUUGCAGAACAUUGACCUAAAAAUGCAGGGCGGCAAGGGCAUCACAGAAAGCACCUGCCAGAAUGCAAAAUGGAGAAAAUACGGAAGUGUUGUUCCACAGCCGUGCACCUCCAAAUACAAGGGCACCGUUGGACUCCUGUUGGAGUUCCUGUUGUCUUCACACUCGUGGAGUUCCUGGUAA